AAUUUUCAAAUCAGGGCGCCGAAUGACUCAAGAAACAAACGUUAAAUGGGGCCUACGCUAUGUGUUUUAUUCGGCAAAAAUCUCCUAAAUUAUUUCAUUGAUAUUUUUAAGAGUGUGCAAUUGGUUAAAUAAGGAGAUAUGGGAUCGAGCAUGAGUAAUGACAAAGUGCAACCUAGUGGGGUAAACAAAUUUAAAGACUUCCAGAAAUCUGAAUCAGAAGAUAACGAACAAUACAAAUCAAAAAAUCGAAGUUCAACUGAUGUGUGUUUUUUAAUAGUAUUUGUAGUAUUCUUAACAGCUCUGAUAUGUUUUUUGGCUUACUGUUUUUUUAAUGGAGAUAUAUUCAGAACUAUAAAUGGUUACGAUGAUUGUGGAAACAUAUGUGGAAGAAACAAUAAAAAUCUAAAACGUUUAGACAACAAAAAUAACUCUUUACAAUGUCUAGGGACCAGUAAAAUUAACGAACCAUACCAUAUAGUAUUACGAAAAGGUUCAGCAAAGGAAUUUAAUAGAUUAUGCAUAUCAGAUUGCAGUUUGUACGAAGGAUACAGGAAGUUUUUCAAUCGAUGUAUGCCAAAUAAAAGUCAGACGGUGGUGAACACAAUUUUUUCCAGGACUGGACUGAGUAACUUUUUUACAGAAGUAUCAGAAGACUUUCAAAUAUGUUGGACUGAAAUUUGUUACCUCUGCCUUAUUGCUUUAGUAUUAUCAUCUUUGCUCCUAGUAUUAUUCAGAUACCUAGUAGGAGUGGUUGUAUGGAUAGUACUCUUAGGUUCUUUGGCGACCUGUUUAAUAGGAACGAUACUCUUAUGGAUUCUCUGGAAACAUUCAAAGGAUACUAAUGAUGGCAUGCCUUCUUCUUUGCUACCAGAUGUAGAUGCAAGAAAGUCGAAUACCUAUUUGGCUUUUGCAAUAUUGGCGACGAUCGCUACGGUUAUUAUAAGUCUGAUUAUUUUUGUAAUGAGAAAUAGGAUAAAACUAGUAGUGCAGCUAUUCGAAGAGGCAGGGAAAGCUAUUGCAGCGAUGCCAAUUUUGUUGUUGGAACCAGUUCUGACUUUCCUCUUUUUGGGUGUAACCGUCGCUCUUUGGUUUUACUUUUGCCUUUGGAUCGAAAGCUCUGGAACUCUAACGGAAACCAGAGCUAAUGUAUUCUAUUACAAGAAAGAUGGUUGGAUGAAGUUUACAAGAUGGUAUAACUUUUUUGGUAUGUUAUGGAUGGCUCAGUUUAUUAUUGGUUGCCAGCACAUGGUCAUAGCUGGAGCUGUGAGCAUAUGGUACUUCAAAAGGAAUAAGGCUUCCCUGGGAACACCAUUCAUCGCAAGCGCAAGCAAUCUGAUAAGAUACCAUUUGGGAUCAGUGGCAUUAGGUUCAUUCCUUAUAGCAACAGUACAAUUCAUGCGUGUGAUACUAAAAUUGGUUGAAAAAUAUUUAAAUAAAAAACAAGGGAAAUGUAUAGACUGUCUGUUAAAAUGUUGCCAUUGUUGUCUCUAUUGUUUUGAGAAAAUUUUGAAGUACUUAUCAAGAAAUGCUUAUAUAGAAGUUGCUAUUUUUGGAUACCCAUUUUGCCGAGCAGGUCAACAAGCUUUUAAACUUCUUUCUUCUAAUGUUCUACGUGUAGCUGCCAUUAAUUCAGUUGGAGAUUUUGUUCUCUUCCUUGGAAAGGUAGUAGUUGUAAUAGCUACUGUCUUGAUUGGAAUACGAAUGCUUGAGCACAAAGAUGGUCUUCAACAUAUGUGGGUACCAAUUGCGUUAUCUGGGCUAUUUGCAUACUUUGUAGCACAUUGUUUUAUGACUGUUUACGAGAUGGUGAUCGACACGAUAUUCUUGUGUUUUUGUGAAGACUGUGAACAAAACGACGGGGAGUCCAGACCAUACUUUAUGUCCAGAGGAUUAAUGGAGUUCGUCGAAAACUCCAAAAAGGCGUUAGAUAUUUAUGACACCAGAGCAAAAUCUUCAGCAACUGAGUUGAAAAGUGUUCCAACUAUCAGCGGUGAUGUUACAAGAAAUUUUUCGGGCUAAAAGUAUUUGCAUAGUCAAAUUUUGUAUAGUCAAAAAAGUCUAAAAGUAUUUUUAUACACGGCAAAAUAUAAACUUGUAUUUAUAAUAAUAGGAAUAAUUGGCAUUACAAGUCGUCUUGAUAUUAAGUUACAGUUCAUUCAAAUAGAUCUCGUCAUCAUCACUGUAGUUCAGAAAAAUAAGGAAAAAAUAUCCUGUUGGUGUCACAACCCCCUCUAGGCCGAAACCAAAUUUUUUGAGUAUUAUGGACAUCUAUGUAGGUUUUCUUUAAAGACAAUCGUAAUAAAAGUCCGUUUGAUGUUUAACAGUUUUAAUUAAUAAAAUAGAUGACUAAAUUAUUGAUACUAUUAAAUUGACGACAUGUAAAAGUGUGUAAUUGCGACCAAAAUCUUACGUGUUCUUAUUCUUACAAAAAGGUAAUGUAUUUAUAGAUAAUUUGCGUCUAAUCAAUAUAUUACCCGUCUUAAUUCGUCUUUUUACGUCUUAUUAACCCUAAGAGCACGUCUGUAGUCGCUGUGAUGUUAUAAUCGACUGCCUGUAUUCGUUCUAGUUCCCUACGCUAAAACCAACCCUCUUAGGCUAAUCUCUCUUUUCCUGUGAAAGAACCCAAUUAAAAUUGGUUCAAAGUUUGUACCGACCCGCCGCCGUCUUUUUCCAAUAAACUAAAACUAUAAAGUUAAAAGUAGUCCGCCACCGUCGCCGUAAUCCCCAAUUUGUUCUGCACAUCUGGGCCAACGUCCAUAUGUGAGACCCUUAUCCCGUUCUCGUACUAAUAAUUAAGAAAAAUGAUAUACAGGGGAAUUUAAAAUAUAAGGUAAAAUAUUUACAAUCCCACAUCUAUAAUAAUAACCUAUAUGUUUCCUGCAGCCGAUUUUGAUGAUAUACAUAGUUAUAAACAAAUGAAGAUCAAAAACGGUAAAUUUUUUCUUUUUUCAUCUAUGUAUUACCAAAAAGUUAAGCAUUUUAAAUAAAUUUGAGAGUAAGAAACUCAUAAAUGUCUAUCCUUAUUGGUUGCUAUAUAAAUAUUCAUAACUUCUCUAAAAAUUACUUAGAACCUUCUUAUUGCACGGAAUGCUGAGACUUCUGGUGCUUAAAUCAUACCCUAAAUUCCAAAGAAAUUGGUGAAAUAGUUUAAGUUAUUUAAUUUGUUUUUCCCAAAUUAAUUUUUUUUGCAACCCUAUAAGUCAGAAAAUAAUGAAGUUACAGUAAUACUUUGGAUAGUUUAUGAAAGAACAAGAUUUACACUAUUAUUUUAAUUUAAAAAAAAAUGACAAAAAAUAAUUCUAAAUAUUGCAAAAUUAUUUUGCAAGAACAUGUGAAUUAAAAAAAAGGGGGACUAACUUCGUUCCUAAUUGUCCUAGGACAAUUAUUUUUCUUUCUAAAUGGGUAUAAAAAUUCAGUCUUUAUAAAUAUGAAAAAAUAAUUUUUCUACCGCUAACGGUUAGAAAGUUAUUCUAAUUGUUUAUAAGUAAGCAAUAAAUCGAAAUGUUUUUGCAAAAUAAUUUUACACUGUUUAAAAUUACUUUUUGUCGUUUUUUUUAAGUUAUUAGUAUAAAUAUUCUUCUUUCAUAAACUGUCCGAACUAUUACUGUAACCUCAUAAUUUUCUGACUUAUUUAUUUAAAAUAUAAUUUAAGCACAAAAAGUCUCAGCAUUCCGUGUAAUAAGAAGGUUCUAACUUAAUUUUUACAUAAGUUAUGAACAUUUACAAAAUCUCAAAAUUUAUGACUUAUUUUGCAAUUUUCUAAGCAUCAAGUAAGGAUAGACAUAUUCAGCGAACGCUAUAUUGAAGUUUUUUUGUAAUAGACGAAAAAAUCGAAAAUUGACCGUUUUUUAAUCUUCAUUUGUUUAUAACUAUGUAUAUCAGCAAAAUCGCCUGCAGGAAACAGAUAGGUUAUUAAUAUAGAUGUCCAUACUACCAGUGGUGUCAUGACAAAAUUAGCAGUGCUGGAACGCACUUUUACUAACUUUUUGACAAGUAAAAUAUUACUUGAUGUUUUCUUAAUACAAGUUACGUCUGCAUAUUUUAAAAUGUAUAUGCAUUUGCUUAAUUCAAAAAUAUUUAAAUUCUGGAAUUUACUUUUUAUUUUAUUUUAAUUGUUGCUUUUAAUUGUACCAUGACACCACUGCAUACUACUCAAAAAAUUUGGUUUUUUCCUGGAGUGGGAUGUGUCACGAGAAAAAUCUUAUUUCUCUGGACUACUGGCGUUACAACCUCUCCGUGAGUAUGAGUAUUUGCCGCGUUUACUAUUGCCUUCCAUGUUUGUCGGCCCUGUGCCAGUAUUUCCCAUUGUCUCCCCCCAUUUUCUCCAGAUCUUCUCUGACUGCAUCUUUCCACCUUUUUCUAGGCCGUCCUACAGACCUUCUCUUAUCUGAUCUUUCCCAAAAUACAUUGUUUAUAAGGCCGAAGUGUUGUGUCUGCACCUCUAUUCGUUUGUCACGCUGUCUCUGCAGGGGCCAUACAUCAUUCGAAGGAUUUUACGUUUCCACACCAGCAAUUUAUUUACUUCCCUUUUUGUUAUCGUGCAUAUUUCGCUUCCAUACACGACGGCUUGUCGUAUUAUGGGUAAAAUACAUCUGAGGAACUUUUUUUUAAUGUAUUGUUCUGAAGGUAUUAUUUUGUAAUACAUACAAGGACGGAUCCAGGGAGGGGGCCAUGGGGGCCAUGGCCCCCUCCGAGAAUUUAGAAUAAUAUAAAUUUAAAUAUUUGCAGUUCAAAUGUUUUUAAUUUCAAACACAUAUAUAUGUACAAAACAGGGGAUAAAUACGUUUUCUGGACUAGAAUUGAAAGAAAGAAGUAACGGAGAAGCUUCAAGAAUGACUUUUGGGUUUUUUAUAAAUCAAAAUGUUGAUAAUUUUACAGAGUGCCAAUUGUUAGAACGAUCUUGACAGACAUCAAAAUCGUAUAAAUUUCCAUAUUCUAUACACACAAAGAAUAAAAAAGAAGUGAAGCGUUACUUGGGUCACUAGCACUUAGAGCAAAGGAGUAGGUUGGUAUUUUCGCACAGUCAAAAGGAAUUGUUUUAUAAAUAGUGCGUUUCAUUUUUCUAAUGAAAAAUAUGGUCACAAUAACAGGAUGGCAGCCCAAAGCCUUGACACGAAACCUUUAACAUCUUUCGCCAAACUCAUGAGCAAAGACGGAGUCACAUAAACCCAUGAAAAAACAUCAUACCACAAGAAGUGCGUUUAGGUUGAGCUAAAUUUUCUAAAAAGUUAUCGUAACCCUCAAAAGUCAGUCAUUAACCAGAUAGACUCUCAGAGGUCUAAACAGAAACAAAAAAUAAAGAAGACUCUCAGAGGUCUAAACAGAAACAAAAAAAAAAGAAAGACUACGGCCAAUAGUAGGGUCUAUGUCUAUAGUGUUCUUAGGUCGAUAAAAUAUUCCUCUAAGAGACCAUCGUGAUGAUGGCCUUAUGCUUCUGGACGAAGAUGCUGGACCUAGGAAUGAGGGGAAUUGCUGUGGUACUAAGGCAAAACCCGAUAUGUCAAAAAUUAUCGAUUUUUCGUUUUUAAUGCCAAUAUGUACAUUGAGCGAUGAAGAAUGUAAUGACAAAACCCUACAUGGCUAAACGCAUCCAUGUAACCAGUAGAUAAUAAAAUUGUUUCCGAUAUGUCCACUAUUACAACAACACCGCGAACUUUUAAACUCAUCUGCUGCAAAAUCACGAUUUUUGACAUAUCGGGUUUUGCUUUAGCACCACAGUGUUAAGGUUUAAAACCGCAUCAGGAGAUAAGACUCUUAAAUAACACCUAUCCACAGCAUCUUCCUGAGCAACAUGCAUUAGUAGCAGCAGUCAAAAUUAAUUAAUAACAUGUUGUCGUGAAGAAAUAAUUGAACAAAUAAUAUUUGACGAAACGACUGACGUAUCCCACGUGGAGCAGCUUUCUCUAAAUUUGGGAUACAUACACAAUAACAACAUUCGUGAAGACUUUGUCAAAUUCAUUGACGCUUAUGAGAACCUAAAAAUAAUUAGUGAAAAUCAAGAAAGAGGGAAAGAACAAGGCCUGGCAGGAGAAGCAUUGGAAAAAAUAGUAUUAAACUUGUUGAAAGAACUGCACUUGGAUCCGAAGAAAUGUGUAGGAAUCGGUACUAUGGCAGGAAUGGUGAGUUUUAAGGCACUUCUCAAAGUGUGUAAAAAGUGACAAAACUCAGCAUUGUAACCCUAAUUUUUAAAAAUUACCCCCUGUACUUUCGGUACUCCUCUCCAAAAAAGGUUAUGUCCCCUCCCGAAAAUCGGUCCUGGAUCCGCCCUUGAAUACAUACCUAUUUUAAUACAUACUAUCUUUAACAGGAAUGAGCCACAAUUUCUGUUUAAAGUUCGUUCAUUUUCAUGUUUCACUAUUAAACGCAUCUUUAUUAAAAUUACAAAUUACAAGGUGGUUUCCCGUGUGAAAUUCCAUUAAUGUGUUGGUUUUCCUACUUACUUUGUAGGCACAUACCUAUGUACAUAAAGCACGUACGUGCAUAAGGCAUCUUUGAGGCACGUACGUACAUACAUAAAAUACACUGCAAACAAAAUUGUCUAAAAACUACAGAGAUAAAAUAGUGAUGUUCUUCCUAUUAAAAAAAAUCCCUUGUACUUAGUCCAUUCACUCACGGUAAAAUAUUGCAAAACCUCCGAAUUAUAAAGAACCGUUCCGAUUUAGAUGGAAUUUUGCAACUGAGAUAAGCUUGCCUUCCUCUUCAAAAGUGAUAUGACUAGAAUAGGUGUUCUUUAAAACUACCAUUGUUUGCCAAAAAUUCCAGUAAUUAACAGCAAAUAUAGUCGAUUCGCUAAUCUGAGACACAACAGUCUACACUACAAUCACAAUAAAAAUCAAGGGCGGAUCCAGGACCAAUUUUCGGGAGGGGCCAUGAACUUUUUUGGGGAGGGAUACCGGAGAGUCUGGGAGUAAUUUUUAAAAAUUAUUGUUACAAUGGUGAGUUUUAAGGCACUUUUCACAAUCUUUUGUGUGCCAUAGAGAUAUUCAAACCUUAAAGUUAUUAAAGUAUUAUGUAUUAAAGUCAGUACUAAUUCCUACACAUUUCUUCGGAUCCAAGCGCAGUUCUUUCAAGUUUAAUACUAUUUUUCCCAAUGCUUCUACUGUCAGGCCUUGUUCUUCCCCUCUUUCUAGUUUUUGACUAAUUAUUUUUAUAAACGUCAAUGAACUUGACAAAGUCUUCACGAAUGUUAUUGUGUAUGUAUGUACCUCAAAUUUAGAGAAAGCUGUUCCACGUGGGAUACGUCGGUCAUUUCGUCAAAUAUGACAGAAAAAUAAUUUGAACUUCAAACCUGAUUCAUUAUUUGUUCAAUUAUUUAUUCACCACAUGUUAUCAAUUAAUCUUGACUGGUGCUACUAAUGUAUGUUACUCGAGAAGAUACUGUAGAUAGGUGUUGUUUAAGAUUCCUAUUUUCUGAUUCAUUUUUAAACCUUAAUAAUUCCCCUCAUUGCUAGGUCCAGCAUAUUGGUCCAGAAGCAGAAGGCUAUAAUCAUGAUGGUAUUUUAGAGGAAUAUUUUGUCGACCUAACACCACUGUAGACUCUUCUAUUGGCCGCAGGCUUCCUCUAUUUUCUUGUACCUGUUUAGACCUCUGAGAGUAUAUCUGGUUAAUGACUGACUUUUGCGGUAGCGAUAACUUUGUAGAAGAUCCAGCCCAACCUGAACGCACUCCUUGUGGUAUGAUGUUUUUUCAUGGGUUUGUAUGGCUCCCUCUUUGACCAUGAGUUUGGUGAAAGAUGUUAAAGGUUUUGUGACAAGGCUUUGAGCCAUCAUUCCUUUAUUGUGACCAUAUUUUUCGUUAGAAAAAUAAAACGCAAUACUUGUAAAACAAUCCCUUUUGAAUGUGCGAAAGUACAAACCAACUCCUUUGUUCUAAGUAAGUGAUGGUGACCCAAGUAAUGCUUCAUUUCUUUUCUUUUCCUUGUGUGUAGAGAAUAUGGAAAUUGAUACAAUUUUGAUGGCUGCCAAGGUCGUUCUAAAAAUGAACCUUUGUAAAAUUAUCAACAUUUUGAUUUGCAAAACAUCCUAUGUCAUUCUUAAAGUUUUCGUUACUGCUCUUGUUCAAUUCUAGUCCAGAUAACAUAUUUAUCUCCUGUUUUGUACUAAUAUAUAUGUAAUUGAAACUAAAAACAUCUGAACUAAAAAUAUGUAAAUUUCUAUUUUUUUAAAUUAUCGGAGGGGGCCAUGGCCCCCAUAGCCAGCUCCCUGGAUCCGCCCUUGAUAAAAAUGCACUAUAUAGAAAUAAACAAACCAAGACACGUUGAAUGUUCGAGGAGCACUCCCAGAUCACGAUUAGGGAGUGCUCCUCGUGCUUGUUUAUUUCUAGUGCAUCUUUAUUGUGAUUGUAGUGUAGACAGUUGUGUCUCAGAUUAGCGAAUCGACUAUAUAAGCGUGAUCUAAAUCUAAAUUAUGUGUAAGUGUGUUAAAUAAAGCCUUGUUUCUCAUAUAGCAAUCUAUUUUAUAGUAUAUAACUAUUUUUCAUCCCUUAUAAACCACACUUUAGGUAAAAAUUUGUUAAAGAAUAUUUUGCCGAUGUCAUUUUAGAGUUAAAUAUUUCCACCCCCGAGAAGGGAUGGUACUCACUCCCAGAGCAAAAGCACACGUCGGCAUCACUUCUUUUCUUUGACAUGUUAGCUAUGUAUAAUAUGUCAAUGCAAGCGGUUCUUUAAAAUUCUAAGAAAAACCGUAAGUAAAUGGACUAAUAACACAGUUCAGCAAAAAAAUUUUUUUGAGUCUGUUAUUGAAUCGCUUAUUAUUUAAAAAAGGCUUCAUGUCACUUUUUUUCAAAUUUUCGUUUAACUUGGAAAACGAUAGCCCAUUAUGUUCGCACAUCCUUUGCUUAUGAAAAGGAAAAGUCUCAUGUCUUGUUAUUACUUUAUCAGAUAUAUUAGUUUAAAAUUAUUGUUUAUUUAUGAAAAGCCUCAUGUCAAUGACAAGGAGCUUUUCAUAAAUAAAAGCACUGUUGGCAACAUACUGUUUCAGAAGAAAGUAAAAAUUGAGAAAAUAAAAAAAGGAAAUGUUUACUAUUUCUUCCUACCAUGAAUUUACUUGCGAAAGAUUUAAAAAAGGAGUGGUUGUUGUAUCUGAUUUUAUUGGUGGAUUUCUUAGCAAAACCUUCAAAAUGUUAUCUUAUCCACUGUCUAUUGCUGAGCCAAGCUCCCCUUCCUCAUAGAGCUUUUCAUCGAUUGUCAUUUGUUUCGAGCUUCUGUCAUAUGUCACAUAAUAUUAAUAUAUCUACGCCAUACGUCUUUGAUUUGUAUUAUUGUAUAUACCAAUAACGUAUGACGUAGAUAUAUUAAUAUUAUGUGACACAUGACAGAAACUCGAAACAAAUGACUGUGAAUGAAAAGCCCUAUUAGCAAGAAAAACUCAUGAAUCAAAGGUACCAAUUCAUCAAGAAAAAAUUAAUGACAUGAAGAAACUUUUGCAGUACGUAGUACGUCCCUCAAGAACACAAGUGGUUUUACAAUGAGCUUGCCCAAUGGCCAAGAGUUGCAACCAAAAAAUGAGCAAAAAUGUAUAAAAUGGCAACUAAUUUUAGCUAAUCGUAUUGUCUUAGCACUGUUUUAAUAAAGUAAUAUUAAUUAUAAAUAAACACGGUGUAAAUUCAUCCACCAAUCAAAACUUUCCCCGUAAAACAACACUUUUGUUUGUGAAAGGCCUUUUGUCAGCUAUUUUCAAUAAAAAAAAUACAAUAUUGAUUUUAAAAAGUGUAACUAACAUGAUUUAUUUUGAGUUUUAAGGUUCUUAAAAUGUUUCGAAAAAUCAGAAAAGUAUAAAAUCGUUUUUUAUAAAACUAAACAGUUUUUUCUUGUUUCCCAAAAUUUACAUUUUGUGACAAGAGGCCUUUCAUAAAUAAGCGAUUGGUAAGCGAUUAGUUAUUUUCUGUUAUUUUCUGUUAAUUUCAUCGAAAAUUAAGCAGAAACUCCAUAAAUAAUAAUUAAAGUUUGCCUUUGUACAGCUGGUUCCUAAAAAAAAACUGAUACGACUCUUAAAGCGUAUUUUGUAGAAUAUUGAGCAGUGUAUUUUGUAGAACAUUGAGCGGUGUAUUUUGAAGGAUAAAAUUUGUUAUUUACAUACUGUCACUGUCAACGCCAAAUCUUAAAAUUUGUCAGAUAACUUAUUCUAUUCAACUUCAAAAAUGGCUCCACAUCAUAGAGGUAUAUAUUAACAUAGAGUGAGCCUACUUUCCGCUCUUCCUGACGACAAGAUCUCAUGGACUGGUUUGCGGCAUCUCUUUCUAACACAUUGUAUCGAGAAUCUGUGAUGACAUUCAGUGUGAGUAUAGGCACGGAAGGGGAGGACAACUGUAGCAGCUUUACUAUGCGUAAGAGUGAAACUGCACUAAUCCAAAUAAAAAAGAUGGUGUCGUCACUUCGCUCUGAAUGACACUCUCUCUAUGCUAAUAUAUAACUAUAUGCUCCACAUGCUAGCAAAGAACUAAAAGCAAGAAUUGUAACGAAAUUAGAAGAUGUUGGGUCACUAUCUGCCAUAGCGAACCAUUUUAACGUAAACAGAACAACAGUUUUAAAACAAUUCUUACUUUAAUAUAUUGUUGAGUUAAGUCGUUUGUUUUAUUCCUUAAUAAUAUUAAAAAUAAUAACAACAACCCUAUUUUAUGUAAAAACUAUCAGUAGUAAUUGCACAAGAGCUCUAAAAUUAUAUAUUAAUUUUAGAGAUCGAGUGCAAUUGGUGCGAUUAUUUCAUGAAUAAAACUGUUCAACACCAAAAUUUUAUUGUAAUUUAUUUAUGUAAGUACAAAUUAGUACAAUUAAACACAGUUGUUAUAAAUAUUAAUUUGACGGUUGAAAGUCAUCACUUUUAUAAUUCUUAAAACAUUAAUUGUCAUUAAUGUCACUGAAUGUAUUUUUUCGUAGCAACGAAGGGCAUCUGACGUAAUAUACUUGACGGGAAAUUAUCAAAAAUUAUCGAUUUAAUUUAGAUUUAUGUAGCUUUCUAUUGGUCAGAAUCUCCUAUGAAUGAAAUAAUCAUUUAUAUACUCUUUAUAAAAUGCAAGAAUUCAAAAUAAUAUCAAAAUAUAGACCUUAAUAAUUAUUACAAUUUAGGAAUUAACAUAUGUAAUCAGCUGUUUGUUUGUUUGUUUAUUUUAUUAUUUGUCUGUCAUAAUAAAUAUAAUAUAAUGUCAGACCAGUCAAAAUUUGAUUGGUCGGUAUUUAAUACACUACUCAGUUUUUUUAGGAACCAGCUGUACCUUUAGUUAAUGAAAAAUAAAUAUAGAGUGUUUUGACAGAUUUUUUAGGAGCCGUUGCAUUUAAGAUGUCCAAGAGGGUGAGGGGGGAAUGUGGGUGUAAAGCAGCAUAGGCGUAACCACGGGGGAUUUGGGGGUUAUAACCCCCUCCAUUAGGAUGUACUUUGAGCUCUAUACCCUUAACACCAUUACUAUUUAAUAUCUCCCAGAGACCAUCUGUAGUUGUAACACCCCCUUAGGAUCAUCCUCCUUAGGUAACCGGGGGGUUUUGGGGUUAUAACCCCCCAUUGGGAUGUACUUUGAGCUCUAUACGCUUAACACCAUUACUAUUUCAUACCCCCCAGAGAUCACCUGUAGUUGUAACUCCCCUUAGGAUCAUCCUGGUUACGCCCUUGUGGAGCAGGAACUGGCAGACUGAUAACGGUAGUGUAGGGGUGAAUAUUGCAAAGGAAUAACGUAUUUUAUGGGUCGCGAUCGCGAAGUCUAAAAAUAUCUUCCAAAAUGUGUAAAAAUUAAGUGGACUUUUUUUGCUGUAUUUGUGCCGAAUUCAUUAAAGUGGGGCCAAAAAAUUUUGUUUGACAGCUUUACAAGAAGCUUAAAACAGUUCUUCUUCUCAAUGGAAAUAUAUUUUCAUUUCUUCUUCUGGCUCAUUCUGUAAUGCUCAAAGAAAGUUUACGAGAGCGUUAAAAUGAUGCUUCAAGUUUUAAAAUAUAUGAAGAGUACAUCUGGUCAGUGAUAGGGUAUUUCAAAAUGGUUAGUUUUAUGGUGCGAAUGCAAGGUGGAUACACUAAACCAUGAAACCUUUGCUUAUGGGAUAGUAGAGUCAAAGUACUUCACUACCAUCAGCACUCAUGGUCUCAUCGGAGUGAGUUUCAAAUGUGGAGUCAUAUCAUGCUUUCACGCCUCCAUUGCGCAUAAAAUUAAGCUCAUGAAGCAGCUCGUAAAGGCUCUUCAUCAAGAUUAUGAGGACUUUCAAUUUUUAAAACAUUUUUUCCGAAACUGUCAGAGGCUGACAAUUACAAACAGCUUAUUUCUAAUAUGUUCGACAGCUGCAAAGUCAUGGAUGCGGUAUGUCUCUUAAAGUAUAAAUGCUACAUGCUCACUUAGAUCAAUUUAAAGACAAUUUAAGUGCAAAUUCAGAAGUGCAAGGGCAAUAAAAUGUAAUGAACUUCAGACAACGGUAUUGGGAAUGGAGCCCCCUAAACUGCGUUUAGGGGACUCCUACGAGAGAGUCUUUGUUUACACAAAAACAAUACCAAAACUGUUCAUUUUUAAAGAUUUUUGAUAUUAUUUUUUUUAUUUAUGGAUUUUAUAUAAUAUGCCGUAUUUUGUAAUUAAAGUUAAUAAAAAUAUAUAAUUCAAAAUUUGUUUACUUUUAAAAAUAAUUUAAAUUAAAAAAUAGAACUUUUUCAUAAAAUUUGAAAUUUCGUUCUGGAAAGUACAAUAGCAAAUUUUAUUAUUACAUAUUAGAAAAAAUAUUGUUUCUUUCUUUAGUUAGACAUAAGUAAUUAAAAUCAGAGAUACAGAAUUCAGACUCAAAAUUCAUGUUGACCUGUGUAAUCUUUUAAAUUUUUAAUCUAAAAAUAAGGUGAUACGUUUUAAAAUACUGAUAUCCUGACAGCCGAUUUAUAUUAUUUUAAAGAAAUGUUAGCAAUAAAAUAUAUUGAUAACUUUAUUUUUACUUCUAAAAAUAGAUAUUUUAAAUUGCUUGCGCACAAUGUUGUGAGAUAUAUAUGUAUAGAUGUGUGUAAUGUUUAAAGUGUGUAAGUGUCAUAUUUUUUAUUAAUAAAAAAACAUUUUUAUUGCA